GGAACAUGUUGGAGUAGGAAACCCCCUCUGAAACCAAAACCCAGCCAUCAGAGAUUAUGAGAUUUUUUUUCAGGCUUUCCCUCUAAUCAUCCUUACAUGUAUCUCUUCGAACAUAUGUAACUCAGCCUUCGAGAAGUUGCUGAUAAGCAGUACGGACCAGGAGUUAAAUGAACAAACCCUCCCACCUUGCUGUUGGGUGGUGGCUUCCAAGGCUAGUAAAUGUGUAUCAGCGUGAACCUGAUCCAGAAAGAGCCAGGAAGGGACAAAGUUUAGUCUGUAAGGGCAUCGGUGGCUGCUGCUGGUUUCAUGCUCUGUCCAGACUUCAGCUUGGUGUUUUCGUGACCUCUCUUGCACCAGACCUCCGUCCUAAUCAUCCUCUGAGUGUCAUCUCAGCACCUUGGUCACACUCAUGGCACCAUGGCCAGCCCUCAGGAGCACCUGAGCUGCUCCUCCUCUCCGCACUUAACCUUGAGUGACAACAAAGCCUUCCAUGGACUACAAGAUGAGCUCGCAGCUAUGGGGAACCACCCCUCACUCAGGCUCCCUGAGGACCAGCAGGAAAAGGGGGUUGUGCGAACAGAUCUCACCGAGAGCGUGAGCAGCCCUGUCACCACCACGGUAUUGACUAGUGUAAGCGAGGAUUCCAGGGACCAGUUUGAGAAUAGUGUUCUUCAGCUGAGGGAACAAGAUGAAUCGGAGACAGCUGUAUCUCAGGGGAAUAGCAGCACUGUGGAAGGGGAGAACACCAGCGGAACCGAAGACAUCAAGAUUCAGUUCAGCAGGUCAGGCAGCAGCAGCGGUGGGUUUCUUGAAGGACUGUUUGGAUGCUUGAGGCCAGUGUGGAAUAUCAUUGGGAAGGCGUAUUCCACUGAUUACAAAUUGCAGCAGCAAGAUACUUGGGAAGUGCCAUUUGAGGAGAUCUCAGAGCUACAGUGGCUGGGUAGCGGAGCCCAGGGCGCUGUCUUCCUGGGAAAAUUCCGAGCGGAAGAGGUGGCCAUCAAGAAAGUGAGAGAACAGAAUGAGACGGAUAUCAAGCAUUUGCGGAAGUUGAAGCACCCGAAUAUCAUCGCUUUCAAGGGUGUUUGUACUCAGGCACCUUGCUACUGUAUUAUCAUGGAAUACUGCGCUCACGGGCAACUUUAUGAAGUCUUGCGGGCUGGCAGGAAGAUCACACCUCGAUUGCUAGUAGACUGGUCCACGGGAAUUGCAAGCGGAAUGAAUUAUUUACAUCUCCAUAAAAUUAUUCAUCGUGACCUCAAGUCACCUAAUGUUUUAGUGACUCACACGGAUGCAGUGAAAAUUUCAGAUUUUGGGACAUCUAAGGAACUCAGUGAUAAGAGCACCAAGAUGUCCUUUGCUGGCACAGUUGCAUGGAUGGCCCCAGAGGUGAUACGGAAUGAGCCCGUUUCGGAAAAGGUUGACAUAUGGUCUUUUGGGGUGGUGCUGUGGGAGCUGCUGACGGGAGAGAUCCCCUACAAAGAUGUCGAUUCUUCAGCCAUUAUAUGGGGUGUUGGAAGCAACAGCCUGCACCUUCCAGUUCCUUCCACCUGCCCUGAUGGAUUCAAAAUCCUUAUGAAACAGACGUGGCAGAGUAAACCUCGCAACCGGCCUUCUUUUCGGCAGACUCUCAUGCACUUGGACAUCGCAUCUGCAGAUGUUCUGGCCACGCCACAGGAAACUUACUUCAAGUCCCAGGCUGAAUGGAGAGAAGAAGUAAAGAAACAUUUUGAGAAAAUCAAAAGUGAAGGAACUUGCAUACACCGAUUAGAUGAAGAACUGAUUCGAAGGCGCAGAGAAGAGCUCAGGCAUGCUUUGGACAUCCGUGAACACUAUGAGAGAAAGCUGGAGCGCGCUAAUAACUUAUACAUGGAGCUGAGCGCCAUCAUGCUGCAGCUGGAAAUGCGAGAGAAGGAGCUUAUCAAGCGAGAACAAGCAGUAGAAAAGAAGUAUCCAGGGACCUGCAAGCGACACCCUGUCCGUCCAAUAAUCCACUCCAAUGCCAUGGAGAAACUCAUGAAAAGGAAGGGUGUGCCUCACAAACCCGGGGUGCAGACCAAGCGGCCGGAUCUGUUGAGGUCUGAAGGUAUCCCUAGCGCAGAGGUGGCUCCCACCGCGUCCCCCUUGUCUGGAAGUCCCAAAAUGUCCACCUCAAGUAGCAAGAGCAGAUACCGCAGCAAACCGCGCCACCGCCGGGGGAACAGUCGAGGCAGCCAUAGUGACUUUGCAGCCAUACUGAAAAACCAGCCAGCCCAAGAAAACCCACCCCAGCCCUCUUACCUGCAUCAAGCUCCACCCCCGUAUCAUAAUCCUCUGCAGCAGCCAUACCAGCAACCCGCUCCGGCUACGGCUCAGAAUCACCACCCCAGACUCAGUAUGCACGGGCAGGACAUUGCAACCUGUGCCAACAACCUGAGGUAUUUCGGCCCCGCGGCGGCCCUGCGGAGCCCGCUCAGCAACCACGCCCAGAGACACGUGCCUGGCUCCAGCCCUGACCUCAUCUCCACAGCCAUGGCCGCAGAUUGCUGGAGAAGUUCUGAGUCUGACCAGGGCCAGGCUGGCCCCUGGGGCUGUUGUCAGGCUGACCCUUAUGACCCUUGCCUCCAGUGCAGGCCAGAACAGCGUGGGUCCUUAGACAACCCCUCUGCUGAGCCAGUGGGGAGGAGCCGGGACCCUUCCGAGUCACCAGCACACAAUCCUCUCUCAGAAAGCACCCGAGCUUCUGAGAAAACGGAAGAAGAUGCAUUCAACGGCUGUCGGCCCAACUCGUCCCUUGGCAACCCGCAUCACAUCGCCCCCCCACUGCUACCUCGAAAGCCAAGGCCCCUUCAGAAGAGUGGAGAUGACUCUUCGGAAGAAGAAGGGGAAGUAGAUAGUGAAGUUGAAUUUCCACGGAGACAGAGGCCCCACCGCUGCAUCAGCAGCUGCCAGUCCUACUCAACCUUCAGCUCCGAGAACUUCUCCGUGUCCGAUGGAGAGGAGGGAAACACUAGCGACCACUCAAACAGUCCCGACGAGUUAGCUGAUAAACUUGAAGACCGCCUGGCAGAGAAGCUAGACGACCUGCUGUCGCAGACGCCGGACAUCCCCAUCGAUAUUUCCUCCCACUCGGACGGGCUCUCCGACAAGGAGUGCGCCGUGCGCCGCGUGAAGACGCAGAUGUCCCUGGGCAAGCUGUGUGUGGAGGAGCGCGGCUACGAGAACCCUAUGCAGUUUGAAGAAUCGGACUGUGACUCUUCCGGGGGGGAGUGCUCUGAUGCCACAGUGCGGACCAAUAAACACUACAGCUCUGCCACCUGGUGAGGAAGGAGUGCCCGUCCUGACCAUCCCUCGGCACAAUGGCAUUUCAGAUGCCCCCAGCAAUUCCCACUCUCUCCCUCUGUCUGGGAGGAGAGCUGCCCCGCUCUCUCCCCCUAGAAAUGAGCUGCAAUAACAGGAACAAGAGACUUCGCAAAUCUCUGGGGAAAAAAAUAUCCAAAUGAAAUUAAGUCUCACUGAACAUUUCAAUCAAGAAUGGCAGGGAUCUAUUUUAUUGAAUAUUCUAGCUACUGUAACAUUGAUAUUUAUUUUUCUUGGACAUUUUAACACUUUGUACUGUAAAGAGUGAACUAUAUAUGAUAGAGUCACAAUAAUUUCUUGCAAAAAAAAAAAAAGGAAAGGAAAAGAAAGAAGUGGACUUUAGGAGCAACAUCUUUGGGAAUUUGUGGGGCCGGGAGGUAUUAUUGCUGCUUGAACAGGGGACCAGGUCUUUUGGCCAUAAGUGACCGAAGAAGAACCACAGCAAGACAUAUCGAGCAUUUUAGAAUGCAAAGAACAAAGAGGAAAAAAGCAAUUGCAGGUAACUUGUGAAUAGACACAUUAAGUUCAACCAGCUUGUCCAGGUGGGUGACGGAAAUGACCUAGAAAAGUCUGAUGCCAGACGCUUGCACUUGAGGCUUGUGCUGCAAAGGCUUGUGCUUCCUCUAAGAGGAAAACCCGACAAAACUGUACCUGCGAGAGCUGCUUCCGUGUUAUCACUUUCAGCAGCAUUCGGCAGUGAGGCUUACAAGACGGCGUCAUGCCUUGUCCCUGGCAGAUACUUCCUUUUUUAAUGCUGUCAUUGUCAUCACCUUCACAACUGUGUAACCUUGACCAAUGUGUGGAUCUUUCCCAUCCAAGUGCCAUUUUCCUGUAGUUCGUUUUUUGUUUUGCGUUUUGUUUUGUUUUGUGUUUUACAUUCCAGCUGUUGACCACUUCCUUUAGGAAAGGGUUGGGGUUGGGGGGGGCGGUUGCCGGAGAAGAGAAAAAGACAAGAGAGAAAGAACAUCUGCAAUGAUAUUAGGAAAACAAAUGUGGGAUUUGUGGAAGUACCUACUCAGGGUGCUCAGUUCCGCUGUGUGGGGAAAACAGGUUCGUCGUCUGCUAGAAUCACAUUGAUUCCAACAGAAUAGAAUUUGAAGGCAGAAAGGAUAUGUGUGUAUGUGCGAGUGCAAUGCCCAGCCCCAAACCUUCCCCUUGUUUUUAUUCAUUAACUCAUUCUAUCCUUGAAGCUUUGGUGACAGGCUAUCUCCAUUGGAAUAAAGGUGAAAUAGGCAACUUGCAAAAGGCAACCCCUCACACCGGAAUAGCAUUUUUGUUCAUUGCUACUUGUAAAAUAUAUUUUACUUCACUCUGAAUCAGUGCAGUUUUUAUUAACUGGACCUGGAAACUGGUGAAGAGAACCAUUGAUGCUAAGCAAGGAACUGGAAAGAUUUUACAUUGUCAAAGCCACGAGCUCUUCCUGUCUCAAAGGUCACGGGCUCUGAAGAGAAUCCCACAGGAAUUCUUGGCAGCUUGGCUUUAAGGAACAUUUUACCUAGAAUUUUACAGACAGAUGUUGACCUCAUUCCUGUCUCUGUCUCCAAGAUAGGUUACUGUCCAACAACCUCUCCCGCUUGCUGGGAUUUCUGACCUUGCGUCACGGGGAUGUCAGGCAAGCCUUGCACGUACAGGUGUUAAAUCAUUUCCAGUGCAGAGGAAAACGGUGCCCCUCCUCCAGGUUUCACCGACUGCAUCAGCCAAAAAGGAAAGGCAGGAGGGACUUUAGAGCAGUUCCUUUUGUUUGUUUUGAACCCUCCACUUGUUUACACUUUAUGUCAAGACAUUGAUUUAAAAUGUAGUGUCUAUAAUUUGUAGCUCAUCGGUAGGAUGAAGGAAAAUGUUUAACUUAUACAGAGAACAGUAUUGUUUGCAUUAAAUUAUUCCGUUUUGUAUAACUUCUGUAGCUGGACUACAUGAAAGAUCUUAAGUUAUGGCAUUAUUAUCGUUGUUAUUUUAUUUUGUAUUAUCAUUCUCAUUUUCUGUCGAUCAGAAGGUGUGGUUUACAGUGUAGCACAAUGAUUGUGUUUAUUGCUAACCGUGGGUUGUUAUGGAUUUUAUGAUUUGAAUGAAGGUAUGAAAGUGGAACUGCCACUUGGGAGCGCCCUGGUGUCCAUCUUAGCUGUAUUCCCCGGUUUCUUGUGUACAACAACAAUCAUCUGGGGGUGCGUGUUCUGCCCUGAAGCCCAAAGGUUGUGUUGGGAUUUUGACUUGACCAUGAAAGUGCCUGGGUGGGUAGAUGCCUGAGUGGAUGGAUCAAUAACUGAGAAGCUGUAAACUUUCCCAAAUUUCAUGAGAAAUAAAAUUAUGGGACUAUAUUAGAAACAAAAAGAGAAUUAUUUAAUACCCUGAGAGGAACGGCCCUCGAGUUUCUGCGAGGGGCUCAUGGAUUAGUUUCAAAACUUGUCAGCAUCGUUUACAAUCUCCUUCCUGCCAGAAACCACAAAAUCAACCUUUUCCCCCAAGGGGGAGUGGCAGGAAGACUUAAAAAGGAAAAAAAAAAAAUUUUAGAUAUAUAUAAUUUAUAUAUAUUUAUAUAUAUAUAUAUAUGGCAUGACAUAAAAUGCCAAGCAGUGAUGCCCUCCCAUAACUAAACUAAAGGAAUUUAAGAAGGUAGGACACUUGAAAACCUUGAGUCCCUUAGAGGCUCGCAGGGCUGGGAGAGAGCCCCGACUGCCUCGCUGCUCCUUAGCCUGGGGUUGUGACAACCCUGAGUCCUGUUUCCAGUCAGCACGAAACCUCGGCGCUUCUCUUUGGUCAUUUUUUGCCCACAUUCAGCGGCAACAGAAAAACACGGGGUUCAACUUCUGUCUCAUACAUUUCAUGAUGGUCUUCCUAGAAACCACCCGCACACACGCCUCCUCAUUUUGAUCGUUUUUUUCUAAUUCCCAUCUUGGCUGUCUGUCAUGCUAAUGCCACUCAUCCAGACUGAGUCUUUAAGAGCGUGCUGGGGAAGUAGAUAGUGUGGAGUCCCCGGUCAUCUACAGUACUGUCAAGAUUUGAAUAAAGUCCACAUUGAACACUU